UCUUGCAGAUUGACUAUUACCGCUUCGUGUCCAAUGAAUCUUCAAUAUUUUCCUAUGGAUCGGCAGUUGUGCCACAUAGAAAUCGAAAGCUUCGGCUAUACAAUGCGCGACAUUCGUUAUAAGUGGAAUGAAGGUCCAAACUCGGUUGGUGUUUCGAGUGAGGUAUCUCUGCCCCAAUUUAAGGUCUUGGGUCAUCGUCAGAGGGCUAUGGAAAUCAGUCUUACCACAGGAAAUUAUUCGCGUCUCGCUUGUGAGAUACAAUUCGUACGCUCGAUGGGUUACUAUCUCAUCCAAAUUUAUAUACCCUCUGGACUGAUCGUUAUUAUAUCAUGGGUAUCAUUUUGGCUAAAUCGUAAUGCCACACCGGCUCGUGUGGCGCUCGGUGUUACCACCGUGUUGACAAUGACCACACUGAUGUCGUCAACAAAUGCAGCAUUGCCAAAGAUUUCAUAUGUCAAAUCGAUUGACGUUUAUCUAGGAACAUGCUUCGUUAUGGUCUUUGCCAGUCUUUUGGAAUACGCCACCGUCGGCUAUAUGGCAAAACGAAUUCAAAUGCGAAAACAAAGAUUUAUGGCGAUCCAAAAAAUAGCUGAGCAAAAAAAGCAGCAACAAAUGGAUGGGGCGCAACCACCGCCCAAUCCCAAUCCGAGUGCGGGCGAUCAUGGACAUGGGCAUGGUCAUGGCCACAGCCAUGGUCAUCCUCAUGCGCCAAAACAAACAGUGAGUAACCGACCAAUUGGCUAUUCAAAUAUGCAACAAAACGUUGGUUCGCGCGGUUGCUCGAUAGUGGGACCCUUGUUCCAGGAGGUGAGAUUCAAGGUGCACGAUCCGAAGGCCCAUUCCAAAGGCGGCACGCUAGAGAAUACUGUGAACGGUGGACGUGGCGGACCGCCGGUUGGCCCACCCGGACCCGGACCCCAAGGUGGCGGUGGCGGAGGAGGUGGUGGCGGUGGCGGUGGCGGCGGCGGCGGAGGUGGAGCGCCCGAAGGUGGGGACGCCGAAGCGGCUGUACCAUCCCAUUUAUUACACCCGGGCAAGGUAAAAAAAGAUAUAAACAAGCUGCUGGGCAUAACGCCAUCAGACAUUGACAAAUAUUCGCGCAUAGUGUUCCCCGUGUGUUUCGUUUGCUUCAAUCUGAUGUAUUGGAUCAUUUACUUGCAUGUCAGCGACGUGGUUGCCGACGAUCUGGUGUUGCUGGGCGAGGAGAAGUAAGAUGAGAAACGCCGCCGAGCAGAAAAGCGUAAAGCAUACAAGAAAAGGCAGCACAGAACAGAGGAAGUGCUGUGUCACGCUAGGCGUGUACCGGUUGAGGCGAAGUCAUGUCGAAGACAGGACGAGCCAGGGGAGUACAGCAGCCAGGCGAAUCGCACUAAAUUAAUUAAGUUUAUAUAUUAAGCAAAUACACUAUAUGUAGACAAAAAAAAUUAGCAUAAUUAUUAUAUGAAUACUCACACGCACUAGAAGAUUAAAAAAAAACAAAAAAAAAAACACAAGCAUAAGUAUGUUUAUGUAUUAGGAAAAUCAGCAGA